GAAAAUGGCUGCUGCCCCGACUUUUUUUCAAUGAAGACACUGAUAUUUCAAUUUCAUUUUGUUUCUCUGCUCUGGGGGCUACUCUCGACCGCUAUGCAACCUCGAAGGGUGUGAAUGGUCACUUAAGGAAGGUGACAGUGUGGGGCAGAAAGGACAGCAUCUUAAACUGUCACUGGCCUUGCAGCUGGCAGUGGACCAUAAUGCAACAAGUUUUGGAAUAUGCAUUGGAUCGAGCCGAGUACAUUGUCGAAAGUGCUCGACAACGACCAACUAAAAGAAGAAUCUCAUCCGGCGGCAGAAAGAGUUUGUACCAGAAGCUUCAUGAGCUUUAUAUUGAAGAAUGUGAAAAAGAACCAGAGUUAAAGAAUCUGAGAAGAAAUGUGAAUUUACUAGAAAAGCUUGUGUCUCAGGAGUCUGUGUCAUGUCUGGUGGUCAACCUGUACCCUGGGAAUGAAGGCUAUUCGUUAAUGCUCAGGGGCAAAAAUGGAUCCGAUUCUGAAACCAUCCGUCUGCCAUAUGAAGAAAGGGAGCUUCUGGAGUACUUGGAUGCUGAGGAGUUGCCUCCCAUUCUGGUGGAUCUGUUGGAAAAAUCACAGGUAAACAUCUUCCACUGUGGCUGUGUAAUAGUAGAGGUGAGAGACUACAGACAAGCUGGUAAUACAAAGAUUCCCACCUAUCAGAGCAGACAUGUUCUUCUACGACCAACCAUGCAGACGCUAAUCUGUGACGUACAUGCCAUGACCAGUGAACACCACAAGUGGACGCAGGAUGAUAAACUGCAGCUGGAGAGUCAGUUGAUUUUGGCCACCGCUGAACCUCUGUGCCUGGAACCAUCUAUUUCUGUUACUUGCACAGCCAACCGUCUGCUCUACAACAAACAGAAAAUGAAUACUCGUUCGAUGAAACGGUGUUUUAAGAGACAUUCUCGAGCUGCUUUGAACAGGCAGCAGGAACUGUCCCAUCUGCCUGUGCCGCCGCAGCUACGACUCUACGACUAUCUUCAGAAGAGGAAGGAAAGGAAAUUUGCACCUGUCAAAGAUCUGAAAAUCUCAAAGAUUGGAAACUGUGUUGAUGCGUGGAAUCAAAACAACUGCCAGCUAACUGUACCGAAGGAGAUUGAUGUGGAAAAAUAUGCCGUGGUUGAGAAAUCUUUGCAGUUGGAAGACUCUCAGCCUACUACUGUGAUUUGGCCUCCUGAAGAAGUUAUAGAUGAUUACACAUUUGAAUGUGAGGUUGGAGGCCAAGCUCAGAGGACCAAGGUGUCGAUCUUCCAGGCUAUGGGAGACCCGCUGGUGUACGGCAAGAUCUACUCUGCUAAAGAGACAAAGGCAGAGGAGGACAGCACAGAUCUAAAGCUUAUACAUCCGACUUUCCUCAUAGGAUCAAAGAUUGAUGCAGAAAGGUUUCUUACUCAGUACAAAGGAGUUUACGAGAGAGAUGUAAAGUGUGAGGUCAGGAUGUCCCAUAACUCAGGUAACAUGGGACAGGGGCCUCCCUCGCCCAGCAACGAUGAGGGUGACGGUAUUUCUCAUCUGGUACAGACGUCUGUAUUGGGAAAAGGGUUGAAGCAUCGACCCCCUCCCAUAAAGCUGCCUUCAGGAUCAGGCAGCAGCUCCUCAGGUAAUUCGUAUAGCUCGCAAACCACGAGUGGUCUACUAAAGUGUCCUACACCGCCGCCUCCAGCCAAAAGCCAAUCUCUCAACAGGAAGCAUUCCAUGGAGCUGAGCCAGGUGGGCCUGCUGUCACCUGCCUCACUCUCUCCAAUGGGCUCCACACAGAGAUCGGGGACCCCUAAGCCUUCUACUCCUACACCCACCAACACACCGUGCUCAACCCCCCAUCCUACAGAUUCGCUCCCCACACCCCUCUCAGUGACGCCUACCCCUUCAGAUGCCAUGGUUCAGGGCCAAUCACAAGCUCCUCUGCUCACACCUUUUGCCCAACAGCAGUUGGCACUGAGCCAGCCUCUACCUGUCAUGUCUAUCCCUCUUCCAACCAUGGGGACGUCUAUCACCACGGGAUCCACCUCUUCACAAGUCAUGGCAAACCCAGCAGGGCUUAACUUCAUAAAUGUGGUCAGCUCUGUGUGCAGCCCCCAGACUUUGAUGAGUGGCUCCAAUCCCAUGUUGGGUCCAGGUCUCAAUCUGAGUGGAAUUCUGCCACCUGGAGGGUUGAUGUCCACUAUGCAGUCUGCAGCCCAGCCUGGGAGCCAUUUUGGUUUGAACAACAGUUCUGGACUGAGACCACUCAACGUAUUGCAGAUCCCCACUGGUCCUUACAUCUUUAACUCUCUGCAGCACCAGCAGCUGUCCCAGUUCUCCCCACAGCAGAGUCAGUCCGCUACGUCCAGUCCUCAACAGCAGGGGGAGACGGGUGACCAAGGAUCAGAUCAGAGUUUAGGAAACCAGCAAACCGCUGUCAUCAAUCUCGGGGUUGGAAGCUUCAUGCCCCCACAGGCAGCAGUGCUGUCCCAGUUGGGCUGUGGGCUGGACGGGUCUGGGCCCCAGCUGCCUUCUCCAAGGCUUCAGCAGCAGCACCAGCCACAGAUUCAAUUGCAAUUCUUGCAGCACCAAAUGCAGCAGCAGCAGCAAAUGGCUAUGGGAGCGGCGGGUCCUCAGGUGGGAGCACCACGGCAACAUACAGGCAGUCAACCAAGAAGUAAGAGGAAGAGGAGCACGCCACAGCCCCUCCCCAAGUCAUAACAGACAGAAAUCACACUAACUCCCCCACAAAGACAUGAUUCAUCCAUACUGUGCUGUGAUGUCUGCCUCACUUUUAAGACAGCAUACUAAAGACUUGUUUAUGCUUUUUCUAGCUGAUACAUUUGUAUGUAUUGAGUCUCAGAGGUUUUGGAAAAACCAAAAUGUCCACUGUGGAGGAUCAGGUUUUUACAACUGGAAGCCCUAAUCUUGCCUGAGAUGGUCCAGAAGAAGAUGGGUGUAGUAGGGCUUCCACAGUUACAUUAUUUUUCUGUCAAUUUUUUUGCGAGGACUGAGAGGAUCCCGAAUGCACAUUCUGUGGAGGAUUAUGCACGAGGCCAUCUGAUCCUCCUGCCUCUUCUUCGUUGAACCCCAAGCCCUCCAUAGAUACUUCCCUUUAAGCACAGAUCUAAGCUGAGCUUAUAUUGACACCAAAUCCUCCAUGUUACCAUAAUGACUUUGUGAAAAUGCAAAUCUGAUCUUGGGAUUAUUGCCUGGGGGAAGCCGUCUACCUCUCAGUCUGUUGGAAGUCUUUCUAAAUUAGCGGUUCCAGCAAAAGGACUCGCACCAGGACUCAAGAUCUACAUGCAAGACGGUGUACUUUUUGUAUAGCAUAUUUUGAAAAGGUAUCACCUUUUAAUAAGUCCAGGAGCCAUGAGCAUAUUCUUUAAGACAUCAACUGAACGUAUGCGAGGACUUUCUGGACACUGAGAAAUAAUUUUCUAAGCAGUCUUUGUCAUCAGUUUUAUUGUUAUUAAAAAGAAUAUAUAUUGACAGUGGAAAAUACAGCUUUUAGAUAUAUAAAAAA